CACGUUCCGCUCUGCCCAAGCCAUUGAUUAAUACACAGCUCUUCUUCUUCUUCAUUGCCCAAGCUAUUUUUCUUAGUUUCCAUCUUUCCAAAAACAAUGUCGGCAACAAGAAUUCUUCUUCUUCUCUUCACUUCCAUCUUCUUUCUCUUCACACUCUUCUGCUUUACACCUUUAUCUCACUUCUCUUCACCAGUUCUUGCAAAAGCACUUUCUUUUUUUCACCACCCAACAGACCAUGCUGAACCUGUUUUGUCUAUCUCCACCCAUCAAUAUCAUAGGCAGAGAUCGGAGAAGCUGAUCCUGCAGAGCACUUCUCCCGCAGUUGACGAAAAAGACGUGGUGGUGUUGACCAUGAACAACUUUAGUGACUUUGUUGAUAGAAAUCAGUAUAUAAUGAUUGAUUUCUAUGCGCCUUGGUGCUAUUGGAGUCAGAAGCUGGCGCCGGAAUAUGCUGCGGCGGCUACCAUGUUGAAGGGUAAGGCUGUUCUUGCAAAAAUCGAUUGUGAUCAAGAAACUGAGUUGGCGAGGAAGUUCAAGAUUCAAGGUUAUCCCACUUUGUUGCUUUUGGUUGGUGGAGUUCACAAGGACAGUUAUUACGGAGAAAGAACCAGGGAUGCUAUUUCAAAUUGGGUUAAUCAGAAGAUUAACAAUGUUGUCCAAAACGUGACAACAAUUGAUGAGGCAAAACGUAUAUUAGCUGCUGAAUCUGUAAUGGUUUUGGGAUUCUUAGACAGUUUGCAGGGUCCACAAAGUGAGGAGCUUGCUGCUGUCUCAAAACUGCACAUUGAUGUCAACUUCUAUCAAACAUCAAAUGUUGAUGUUUCUAAGAUGUUCCACAUUGACAACCAAAUCAAACGCCCUGCUCUGAUUUUGCUAAUAAGAGAGAACUCAGCAAAUCAUACCCACUUUCUCUAUGAGUGUCAAUUCAACAGGUUGGCAAUAGCUAACUUUGUAUCUGUAUAUAAGCUUCCUUCAGUGAUCACUUUCAGACAAGAGGAUGCUUCAGAUAUUUUUGAGAAUCCUAUGAAACAGUUGUGGCUUUUUACUCCUGAAAGGUCAUGUAAGGUUGUAUCCAUAUUCAAAGAGGUGGCAAAUGCUUUCAAAGGAAAGCUUCUGUUUGUCCAUGUGGAAAUUGGCAAUGAAUUUUCCAUUGGAAGACAUCUUUCUCAUGAAUUUGGCCUCCCUGAAGAUUCUCCAACAGUUGUAGCUUAUUACACAGCAAAUGGGGUUGUCGAGAAGCACAAAUACAAUGGUAAAUUGAGCUUCUGUGGCAUUAAGUCAUUUGCAGAGGAGUUGCUGGAAGACCAGCUUCUGACCAAAUCAGAACCAGCCACGAAGAAAGCUGUUAGACUUCCAUUGCGCUCUCAUGCUUCUGAUCCAAGCUCUGUUCUUCAUGCAUAUUAGUCAUCUAUAUAUAUACAUAUAUAAAGUUGAUAUCAUCUCCAAAGUGUGCUAACUAGUGCUAAGUAGCACAGUUAUGUAAGUUCUGUCUCUGCCACGUGGCACACCACUUCUACGUCGACUAUUAAUAUUAACAUAUUAAUAAAACUUAUAUAUAGUUCUUAUUAUUUUAA